ACUCAUCAUAUUACUGCGUGUAACAGUGCAUAUUGAAAUGAUGAAGAUACUUCUUGCGUUUUCUCUUGUAGCUCUUACCUUGGGUUUAAGCCCUCAGUUUAACCCUGAUAUGUUACAAUUCCCUGUACAGUCCAGUUCUGCAACACCUGGGUCUCCUGUCGGAACUUCAUACGCUUCAGCAGACAACGGGCAACCGGUAACCUAUUCGCUUGUACAUGGUGACUCGGAGUAUUUUAGCAUUGACGCAUCGAGUGGUGAGAUCACAUUUAGCAACAUUGAUCCUAGUGGCAAGGUUAUGAUGGUGUUUAGUGUCAAAGCUGUAGAUUCCAACGGGAUGGAGAGCUACCAACCAGUCGCCGUUUGGUUCGAAGAUUUGUUAGUAAAUACUUGCUAGUCAAACACAAAUAAAUAUAGAUCUAUG